AUGAGUACCUGUAAAAAGGCCAGGGCGGAAGGUAUAUGUAUUGUUAGUUUAGACAGACUGAGCAGCCUACCGCCAGAGAUAAAGGGCAACAUCCUCUCCCUUUUGAAUGUCGAAGAAGCAGUUAGGACUUGCACCUUAUCAAGUACUUGGAGGGAUGCAUGGGCUAAUAUGCCAAAAAUAUCUCUGCGCGAUGGAGGUUUUGCACGAACCAAGUUCGUUACGUUGGUCGAUAUGGUGCUAUCACUCCACAAAGGAACUAUAGAAGAGUGUCAUAUUUCAGGUACCAAAGAUUACCAUGAUGAGUUCGGUAGGUGGAUGCUCAUGCUGUCAAGAAGAUCUCCAAGAUCAGUUAUAAUCAAGUUGAACUCAGGGCCAAUGUAUAGGAUUCCCUCAUGCCUCUUUUCUCUCGGCGAUCUGAAGUCUCUGCGACUGAAAAACUGCAUUAUCAGCUUGCCCCGGGUAUUCCAAGGUUUCAAGAGCCUAACUUACCUCAGCCUGAGCUUUUUCUCCUCCACAGACAGGGAUAUCCAAAAUCUGAUCUCCUUUUGUCCUGAACUGACUUAUUUGAGAUUAACUUCUUUUGAGGGCAUCAAAUGUCUAAACAUUCAAUCUCCUACACUGGAAGAUCUUCUUGUUGAUGGGUACUUUGAAGACAUUAAUUUGGAUGCCCCUAAUCUGGAGGAGGCCAUUCUCUCUCUUGAUCUCAAAGCUAAAUCAUAUCAAUUUGUUCCAAUUGCGCAUGACAAGGAAAGCCAUAUCAAGCAGUCAUUGGGAAACCUGAGUGACAUCCAAAUGCUUUUAGUUGGUGGUUUUUUCAUGAAGUAUCUAUCAAUGGGGUGCAUAGUUACGAAGCUCCCUGUCGUGUUUACUCGCCUAGAGGAUAUUUAUCUUGUGAUAUGCCUUUCGGACCAGAGGCAAGUCUUGACCGCGUGUUCCUUAUUUCAGAAUGCCCCCAACUUGAAGAACCUUGGGAUAAAAAAAAUGCAGAGUUACCCUUCGCGCACAUGGGAUCAGGAUCAAGCUAGCAUUCAAGAGCUUACCCUGCAAAUGCAAAUGGACCAUCUCGUAACAGCUAGUGUGAAAGAAUUUAGGGGUCGGGACUACGAAGUCGAUUUCGUGGCAAAGCUACUGACCUGGGCACCUGCUUUGGAAAAAGUGAAAUUAGAGUGGAAGGAUGAAAUAGACCGCAGCAUGGUUCUUACCAAGCUAUUAGCUCUGCCGAGAGUGUCUCCCAGGGCCAAGGUCAUUGUUACAUGA